UUACAACAUUAAUUGUUCACUUAAAAUUAGUGCUGUCCACCAACAGAAGGUGAACGGAGUCAGAAGGCACCAAGAGAACGCGUGUGUGUUCUUAAGCUGUGUGUGUCAUGAUCAAAGUCGAAGUGCUAUAAAAUACACUUGUCCAGGGGAGUAACCCAUUUCCUUGUUCCCUCUGGAGUCCUGGUGGGUUUGUGUGAAUAUCAGCCAACACACAUAUGAGCCCCACAACUUGCCUACAGGACUAAGUAAAGGACUGGGUUUUAAAUGAGGACCAUCUGCCGGCUUGCUAAGAGGGAAUAGGAGGGUGGUAUCAUGGUGAUGUUGAAAAAGGGCGAUUGGGUGUGGCUUGACUCGGGCGCCGGGGUGCCCAUUGGGGCCCGGGUCAAAGUGACCGAGGGUGGGCAAUACCUGCUGGUGGACGAUGAAGGAAAGGAACACAAGCUCUCCCAGGUGGAGGAGGGCUCCAUCAGGGUGAUGCACCCAACCUCAGUAGAGGGGGUGGAGGACAUGAUCCGCCUGGGGGACCUCAACGAGGCCGGACUUCUGAGAAACCUGCUUGUAAGACACAGGCAGGGCAACAUCUAUACCUACACAGGCUCUGUGCUGGUGGCGGUCAACCCUUACAAGGAGCUACCCAUCUACACAUCCGAACAGGUGAGGCUGUACCACGACCGCAGGCUGGGCGAGCUGCCCCCGCACGUCUUCGCCAUCGCGGACGCCUGCUACUUCAACAUGCGCCGCCACAGAAAAGACCAGUGCUGCAUCAUCAGUGGGGAGUCUGGCGCAGGAAAGACAGAAAGCACAAAGCUGGUGCUUCAGUUCCUCGCGGCAGUGAGCGGACAGCACUCCUGGAUAGAGCAGCAGAUACUGGAGGCCAACCCGAUUCUAGAGGCGUUUGGGAAUGCCAAAACGAUUCGCAACGACAACUCCAGCCGCUUUGGAAAGUACGUGGAGAUCUUCUUCAACAAAGACGGCGUCAUUGAAGGGGCUCGCUUGGAACAGUACUUACUGGAGAAGUCUCGGGUCUGCCACCAGGCCAAGGAGGAGCGGAACUACCACAUAUUCUACUGCAUGCUGGCAGGGAUAACCACAGACCAGAAGAAAACUCUGUGUUUGGGAGACGCCUCUGAGUUCAGCUACCUCAAGGGGGGGCACUGUAUUGUCUGUGAUGGACGCGACGAUGCUAAGGACUACACCCGGAUCCGCCAGGCCCUGAAGAUCCUCACCUUCACCGAGAUCCACUGCUGGGAGAUUCUCAAGCUGCUGGCCGCACUCCUCCACCUGGGCAACGUCUGCUUCGAAGCCUCCAUGUUGAACAACAUGGAUAGCUCUGAUGUCAGUUUAUCGGCUCACUUCACCACGGCAGCCAAGCUGCUAGAGGUGCAGCCUACAGCUCUGGCGGUGAGCCUGACCUACCGUUCCUUCAUGACCAACAGAGAGCUGGUGUCCAAACCCCUCAGCUCUGAACAGGCCAUCAACUCUAGAGACGCCUUUGUCAAGGCGAUAUAUGGUAAACUCUUUAUCUGGAUUGUUGGGAAAAUCAACAGUGCCAUAUAUAAGAUGUCAACCAGCGAUCCCAAAUACGUCCGUAACUCCAUCGGCUUGCUGGACAUCUUUGGGUUUGAGAAUUUUGCCUCGAACAGCUUUGAACAGUUGUGCAUCAACUUUGCAAAUGAACAGCUGCAGCAGUUCUUUGUGAGUCACGUGUUCAAGCUGGAGCAGGAGGAGUACAACAAGGAGAACAUUGCCUGGAAGAACAUCAGCUUCGAAGACAACACGCAAACCCUUGAUCUCCUGGCCGUGAAGCCCCUCAAUGUGCUGGCCCUGAUUGACGAGGAAAGCCACUUUCCCAAGGGCACAGAUGUCACCAUGUUGAACAAGAUGAAUCAGGUUCCCAGGAAGGGUAACAUCUACAUUCCAUCUAAAAACACCCACGACAUGGAGUUUGGGAUUCGCCAUUUUGCCGGGGAGGUGUACUAUGACUCGAGAGGAUUCCUGGAGAAGAACAGAGAUGCUCUCAGCUCUGACAUCAUCAAGUUGAUUAACACGUCCACCAACAAACUGCUCCAACAGAUCUUUGAGAAGGAACUCACCAAUAACGUGGCGAAGAACCCUGCCAGCAACGGCAGGAUCGUCAUGACACCUGUCAGCUCCCUGCGGGCCACACACUUGGACGGCAGAAAGCAGAUUUCCACACUGAGCGGUCAGUUCCGGCAGUCCCUGGACUCCCUCAUGAAGGCCCUGUACAUUUGCCAGCCCUUCUUCAUCCGCUGCUUUAAACCAAAUGAUGACAAGCAGUCCAUGGUUUUUGACAGGGACCUAUGCAUGCGUCAGCUGCACUAUUCUGGAAUGAUGGAUACCAUCAGGAUCCGUAAACUUGGAUAUCCAAUCCGUCACACAUUCCAGCAGUUUCUGCAGCGCUACCGGGUGCUCCUGAAGACCACAGUGUGUGACCCCCAAACGGAGUCUGCGUCAGCCUGCUGUGACGCCAUCUGCAAGGCUGUGAUUGUCAGACAGGACGGCUGGAGGAUCGGCACCACCAAGAUCUUCCUGAAGGAUGCCCAUGACUCACUCCUGGAGUGGGAGAGAGAGCUGGAGCUCAACAGGAAAGCUGUCAUUAUCCAGAGGGUCAUGCUUGGCCGGAGAGACAGGAAAAACUUUGUGAAGAAAAGGAGAGCUGUCGUGAUGAUACAGAAGAGAUGGAGAGGUUACUGUGAGCUGAAACUAUACAGAAAGCUUCUGCACGGCCUGGAGCGUCUGCAGUCUAAAAUCCGUGGCCGUCUGACCCGACAGCGCUACCUGAAGGAGCAGGCGGCGGUCGUUACUGUGCAGUCCCAUGUGCGUGGGUACCUGGCCAGGAAGAGCUACAGCAGGAAGAAGGCCUUCUUAGCAGCCAAGGAGCGGGAGGAGAGGGAGUGGACAACCAAAGAGCUUCAGCAGAGGCUGGACGAGGUCCUCAGUCGUUCUUCGCCACAGGCCGCUGCUAGGCCAGAGCCUGUCGAUGAGCAGGAAAUGGUGGAGACCAUGUUUGACUUCCUGCCUGACAGAGUGGCUGUUGGCGGACAGGAGGGCCCGGCGCCAGAGGGUUUUGAGGACCUGGAGAGAACGCGUAGCAUCCCAGAGGUGAUUGAGGAGAGCGACAAGGAGAGUGAAGUACCAAUCCUGAUACCGGAACUGGCUCGGCCCGUGCCAGCUCCAGAACCAGAUCCCAAACCAGCUCCCAAACCAGCUCCAGAACUAGUGGAGCUACCAGAGGCAGAAUACAAUGACGAGGACAAGGAAUUCUCCUUCGUGACGUUCAGUGCUCUGCACUUCCAGGGCACGGCCACCCACAGUCACAUCGACCAGAGGCUGCGGCAACCCCUGCUCCACCAUGAGGACGAGGGAGACUCACUGGCCUGUCUGACGGUGUGGUGGAUUAUUCUGCGGUUCAUGGGGGACAUUGCUGAGCCGAAACACAUCAACCAGGAACCCUCAACUCAGAUCCAGAAGAACCUGGGGAACAGGCAGAACAGGAGGCUAAGCAACAUAGUAGGCCUGGAUCAGAAAAUACUACGGAAAAACCGAAAGAAACGAGGAAUAGGCAACAGGAAGGCUUCCGCCGUUGUAGAGGAGUCAGAAAACGAAACGGAGGAAGAGUCAAACAUUCUGAUUGGAGAGGGUCGCACUUUGGAUCGUCCAAUGUCCGACCUAGAAAAACUGCAUACUAUUGUUGGAUACGCCCUUUCUAGACGAGAUAUAAGGGAUGAAAUCUACUGUCAGAUCAUUAAACAGCUGGUGAACAAUAAAAACCAGAAGAGUUCCCUCAGAGGCUGGGUGCUUCUGUCCGUCUGUCUUGGUAUCUUUCCUCCAACGGAACUUCUUAUGCAGUACCUGGAGAGCUUUCUGAGAGCAGGGCCAAGUAGCUAUGGUCCGUACUGUGCUGAGCGGCUGCGUCGCACUGUGGCCAAUGGGGAGCGCGGGGAACCGCCCUGUUGGAUAGAGCUCCAGGCCGUCAAGACCAAGAAGACCACAGUGGUGUCAGUGGCCCUGAUGAACGGCAGCAGCAUCAGUCUGCCUCUAGACUCUGCCGGUACCUCGGCUGAGCUCUGCCAGGCUCUGGCCGAGAAAGUCCACAUCAAAGACACCUAUGGAUUUUCCCUGUACAUCGGGUUCUACGAGAAGGUGUGGUCCCUGGGCAGCGGCAGGAAGCACGUGAUGGACGCCAUCUCGCAGUGUGAGCAGGAGAUGAGGCGGAAGGGAGAGGAGGAGCAGCAUGCCCCAUGGAGGCUUUACUUCCGUAAGGAGCUUUUCUCGCCCUGGCACGACUCAUCGAUUGAUGCAGUCAGCACGGAUCUCAUCUACAGGCAGAUCAUCAGAGGUCUCAAGUCUAAGGAAUACUACUCAGAGAAGGAGGAUGACUUUGUCCAGCUGGCUGCAAUGCACUACUUUGUGACGUUCGGCUCCACCAACAGUGUGGAGAACGCCAAGAAAGUGGUGGAGGAAUGCAUCACGACUGAACUCAUCGAGACCAAGUCACUUGGCAAAUGGAUUGAGAUGGUCACCACUGCACACACACAGGGUCCUUACAUAAACAGCCGACAGAGUAAGGACAGCGUGAUGGGAAAUGCGGUUGACUACGCUCGUCAGAAGUGGCCCAUCUUCUUUUCCAAGUUCUACGAGGUUACACAAAUGUCAGGGCCUCCUCUGCAGAAAAGCAGUUUUAUCGUAGCAAUCAAUUGGAACGGGAUCUCCUUCCAGGAUGAGAAAGAAAAGAAGCUCCUUGAGCUGUCCUAUCCUGAGGUGACAGGGGUCCACAAGUCCAGUGACGACGGCAAGGUGGACAGCGGACGCUCGGUGAGCCUGGCCACUGUCAGAGGGCAGUUCCUACUGCAGUGUGAGGACGCGGCGGAGAUGGCAGACCUGAUCCAGGGUUAUCUGGAGGGCCUGAGGGAACGUUCUGUCUACGCGGUGGCCCUGCAGGACGUCAGCAAACAGGACGACCCCACAUUCCUGAGCUACAAGAGGGGUGACGUGUUGGUCAUGGCGAAGAACGGGGAGUACUCCACCGACCGGGGCUGGAUCGAAGGCACCAGCGAACGCACCGGAGCAACUGGCGCUGUCUCCAUGGAUACUGUCCUGGUUCUGCCAACUCUUGACAAGCCCAGCGAUGCCAUCCUGAGUCUUUGGAACCUAAGCCCAGAGCAGAAAAGGGUGUCAGUGGCCCAGAACGUUCCUCAGAGGGAAGAUGCCGUGUCCCCUGUCUCACUGAAAGAGUUUGCCACUGAGCACUUUAGGCAGCCAGGUAAAGAGGGGGGGCGCGGGAGACAGGACAGAGGGGCUAGCAAGGAGAAGCUAUGGGCCGCCACCAAAGAACCCAUCAAACAGCCCUUGUUGAGGUGUCUGGAGGGCAACAGUGACCUUGGCAACCUUGCCUGCAUCUCCUUCACUGCGAUCAUGAAGUACAUGGGCGAUUACCCUAUCAAACACGUGCGCCAGCCCAUCGAGCUGACGGACCAGAUCUUCGGCGCGGCCAUGCAGCACGUUACGUUGCAGGACGAGGUCUACUGUCAGAUCAUGCGACAGAUGACCAGUAACAACAGCAGGAUAAGUGUGGAUUACGGAUGGCAGCUUCUGUGGUUGUGCACUGGCCUUUUCCCCCCCAGUCAUAGUCUGCUGAAGUACACCCAGCGCUUCCUGGAGUCGAGGCCCCGGGAGCCCCUCGCCACGGACUGCCUGCAGCGGAUACAAAUGCUGCUCAGUAUGGAGCCCAGGAAACUGCCACCCCACCAGGUCGAAGUGGACGCCAUUCAACAAAACAGCAGCCAGAUCUUCCAUAAAAUACACUUCCCCAACGACGUCACUGAGAUCUUUGAGGUGUCUUCCACUACUAGGAUCCGUGACCUUGUUCGCAAUAUCGCCUACAAGCUCAUACUGAACUCGGCCGACGGCUAUGGCCUCUCCAUGAAAACGCCGGACAAGGUGGUCAGCUUGAAUGAUCAAGACUACUUCUUUGAUAGUCUGAGGCAGACCACCAACCAACCUAAGAAAGCAAAAAGAGUCAGAGAGGCAAAGAAAUCCAACAAAACAGAUGGAACUCCAGUCACCAUGCCAUAUUUGGUCAUCUUCAUGAGGAAGCUGUGGUUCAACGUGACUCCAGGAAGAGACCUGACCGCUGACCUCACUUUCCACUUUCCUCAGGAGCUGCCUAAGUACCUGCGUGGUUUCCACACCUGUACCAAGGAGGAGAUGAUCAGCUUGGCAGGCCUGCUGUUCCGGGUCAAGGUGGACACAGACAGGUCACAGUUUGUCAUGAUUCCCAGGAUGCUGAAGGAGCUGGUUCCUGUUGACGGGUUAAAAACCAUGUCACCAGAGGACUGGAAGAAGCACAUCAUCGCCUCCUACAACAAGCAGGCUGGGAUCACCCUGGACGAGGCCAAGGUGGCCUUCCUCAAAGCCAUCUGCCAGUGGCCAACAUUUGGCUGUGCUUUCUUUGAAGUGAAGCAAACAUCUGAACCCAGUUACCCGGGUGUCAUCCGGAUCGCAGUCAGCAAGCAAGGAGUCCACUUCAUCGACCCCAAAACGAAGGAGCUGCUGGUCAUGCACCCGUUUAGCCGUAUCACCAACUGGUCCAGUGGCACCACAUACUUCCACAUGACCAUCGGCAACCUGGUCAAAGGAAACACCUUCCUCUGCGAGACGUCAGCGGGCCACAAAAUGGACGACCUCCUGUCGUCUUAUGUGAGCAUGUAUGAGAUGCAGAGGCAGGCUGUGCGACCCAGGAAUAACUCAAUGUUCCCCACUUGAUGCUUGCCCGGAAGCAUAGAGGACAGGUAGACUCAUUUAUAAAGGAGUACAUCUUGACCGGACGGACGGAGAGAAGAGAAACCAGUGGAUCGUGUGAAGGAGGUGGAAGGUCUUUGUGGGCUAAGUGGUUGUUAGUCGGUCUGAAAUCCCUCAGUGUAGCCUUGUGUUGACUGUACUGUACGGCUGAAUUGGCAACAUGCCUUGGUUUGUGUUGUGUGCAAAAGAUUUUUCAAACAACAAUUUAGAAUAUCGGUAUCCACAGUGUGGAACAAAAAUAACUCGAUCAUUUGUGUAUAUGCAAUCAACAAAGAAUGAGUGAAUCAGAAUGCAUCAAACUUAACUUCCAUUUAAAAUAAAAAAGCAUUUUUGAAA